AGCGGUAUAAAUGAAGCGAGGGGAUUGAGGAAGAACUAAAUGAAGCUGCUCUACAUCCUUAGCACUCUCCCUCUGUUGGCUUUUGCUGCUAAAUAUUUUUACAAUAACUUUCAUAUUCGUGCUCUCGAUUGCGGGGUCAAGCCCUAUGCCAUAGCCUUCAUGGACGAACUACUCUAUCGACUAAAAAGGAAUGGUACAGCAUUUAGUUGCGAACUCGCUUUGAGAGCUCGAGAAAUCUUAUCAAAAGCACCGAGGAUGACUCACCUUGAAAAACAUCAAGCCGAUCGAUUUUAUCGCAGAUUCAAAAACGACAGACCGGACCCCGACGAACUCGCUGUCAAUGUUACCUAUAUGUUCAAGGAUGCUAAUCUCACCGCAAUCGGAUGCGACUACUUAAUGAGGAACGGUAGGGAGACCACGUUUUAUAUGUACUGUAUUGUAGAAAACUACCUUCGAAUUCAGUAA